AGAAGGGGAGGGAAGGAGGAAACUGUCCUCCUCAUGCUGUCUUGGCAUCGGUGCCACCCAGUUUCUCUCGGGCAGGCCAGAAGCCUCACGAUCUACCUCUGUGUGUGUCUCUGCAGAUGGCCAACAUUGUGACGUCCUUCUGCUGUGUGGUGCUUGCAGCCGUGGUGGUGGUUUAUGCCCAAAGGCGCAGCCAGCAAGGUGCCAGGAUCCAGUAUGAAAGGAUAGGAAGUGAUGUCACUAUGCAAUGCGGCUCGCUGGACAACGACGCUUCUGUAACGUGGAAGGUGAAUGGCACGGACGUGAAGGCCCGCCGGCGAGAAGAAGGACCGCGGCUCAUCCUGAUGGAGGUGAACAUGAGUAGCAACGGCUUAUACAGCUGCUUCCAGAACCCCGACGGCCAGCGCCGCGACCAGAUCAAUCUCCGUGUCGGACUUCUUCCGAAGGAACCGCAGGUGACGUGUCGAUCAAACACCUACCCCAAAGGCUUCUACUGCAGUUGGCACCUUCAGCAUCCGACGUUCAUCCCUACGGACUUCGAAGUCAACGUCCAACACAACCAGAGGCCCUUGGAUGUGACGAGGGAUGAAGUUCAUAAGAACAGGUGUCACGUGAAGUUUCCAGAACUUUUCUCCAGCUAUCCUUACCGGGUCAACGUCACAGCAGUGAACUCGCUGGGUCGAGCUUCCACCGCCAUCAGCUUUGAGGAGUCUUCAAUAGUGAAACCUGACCCCCCUGAGAAGGUGGUGGCCAAACCCAUAGCCAACAAUGCACGAAGACUAGAGGUGACCUGGAACAGUCCCACAACGUGGCCCGAUGUGGAGACCUUCCCGCUGAAGUACUUUCUGCGCUACCGACCGCUCAUCCGAGACCAGUGGCAGCACGUGGAGCUCUCCGACAGCACCUCCCACACCAUUACCGACGCUUACGCGGGGAAAGAGUACAUCAUCCAACUGGCGGCCAAGGACAUGGAGAUCGGCACUUGGAGCGACUGGAGCGUGGCGGUUCACGCCACCCCCUGGAUGGAGGAACCCAAACCCAUAACCUCCACCACUGAGAGCGACGUUAUCCCAGAAACCACCCCUGGUCCGCCUUCGGCCGCACCGCGAGUGGGUAAACCCACAGCGGCCUGCUCCACCCUUCUCUGGUCAACCCACCUGCUCCUGGCCUGCGUCCUGCUGUCCAUCAUGUGAUGUGUAAGCUUCAUUCCUGUGGAAAAAAAAUGAGGAGUCUUCUAUUUCUAUUUUGCACAUGUUAAUAGAUAUCGUGCAUUGAUAAUUUAAUUCAAGUUCUUUUUCUCACGAAAGAAAAAAGACCUAGAAAGAUUAAUAAAUGCUGACAAUUACAAAAGGAAGACAAAAAGAACAAUAAAGCAUUUCAACAUCUCUGGCGAUGACAGCUGAUGGCAGACCAGACCAGACGCAGACACAGGACCCGAACCCCAGGGGAGCAAAAGAUUUGGGGACACGAGACUCACCUGCCUGGCAGCACAAGAACAACACAAACAAAAUUAAUUCACCUCAUCUUUGUUUGUCAUAUAAGAUUUUUCCACCCAUUUCGAUCUUUCAAACUGUUCCGAGGACUGAAAAAGCUCAUUUUGUGUAACAUUGAUUUCCACGACAUACAGCUAACUCAUCAUGCCAAAGACUUGGACUGUUUUUCUUUUUUUCCCCAUGAUCCCUAGCUUCCCCAAACCUGUGUCUGUAAGGAAUUGGAACUGGCAGUACAAAAUCUUCCCAAGCUUCAAAGACCGAGGAGUAACACAUUUAUUUUGAAGGCCAUCAUUUGAUAUCAGUUGUAUUCCUUUUGUUUCCCUCUUUUUUUUCUUUUAGCAUUUUUUUUUUUUUUUUUUUGGCCCGUGAACACAGAGAAGUUGAAACUGUAAAUAACAAAUUGGUUUGGACUGUUCUGGACCACCUUUUGUAACAGGAAGAACAAUGUGUCGUGUCAGACCAUCUGAAGAUUAAGCACCAUUCGGAACCAUAUUUUCAUUCUUCGACUCUUUGCCUUUCGCCAUCUGUUUUUAGCAGACUUUUCUAGUCAGUAUCACAGUUUAAUACUACCUUCUUCAAGGACACUUUGUUUUUGGUUAUCAUUGAACAAAAUAUAAUUUUAGAACCUUAGAUUUUUUUGGUUGUUUAUUUGUUUGUGGUUUGUUUUUUGUUUUUUUCAAACCAUAAUUGCUUAAUUCUCCUUGAUCAUAUUUUGUAAACUAUGAUAUGUAUCUUUAACAUGAGAAAAAGUUUAUUAUUUAAUAAUGUAUGUAUUAGCUUUAGAUUCUUGUAACCUGUAUCUGGGUUCUUUUUAUAGAUGUAUAUAAAAUGAGAAGUUGUUCAUUAAAUGUGACCAUUUCACAAUGA